UUAAAACCAGAAACUGCAUUUCUUCAAUACUCUGCAUAUGAUUUAUUAAUAAUAGCACCUUCGGUGGGACUUAAACCUUUGAUUGUCUUAUCUUUGUGUACGUUGAGGUUAGGGAACUUUGCGUCUUCGUGAUUGCACAAGUUAAAUGUUAAUUUUAUUAUCUCUGAUGUAAUAUAAGAGUAGCACAAGUUCUUCCACCAUUGCAUUAGCAGAUAUGGCACUGGUGUACAAGGUGUGUUUGGUUUUUCUGUUUCAUUUUCCUUGCUUUGGAGUAGGCCGGGAUCUUACUCAGAAAUUUCUUUUAGUUGCCGGCCCUCUUAGCAAUGACUUAGUAAGUAAUUUAAACUUCCGAAGUGGACUUCUAAGAGAACCUCUCAAUCCUGCAACGGGACAGUCAAACUAUCUUUGCGAUGGGCCUUCCCUACCUUCUCUGCCGCCGUUCUUCACUGAGCUCCGUGCAAGUGGUGUGACCCAUUUUAAAGUCUUCUUGCCUUGGACUCGCAUCCUUCCGGUGGCAGAUGCCCGAAACCCCAACCGGACGAACGUUGAAUGCUACAGACAACUUCUGAGAACUCUCAAAGCAGCUGACCUCGAACCGGUUUUAAUUCUGCAUCAGAAACGUUUGCCAAAGCCUUUGGAGACCCGGCUUGCUUUGAACAAAUCUCUGACUUUCACCGACCUUUUCGUGGAAUAUGCAGAAUUUUCCUUUGCAUCUUUUGGUGACUUGGUGGACACCUGGCUCACUUUCGGCAACCUGCCUGAGGACGUGGAGCGCUUGCCGCAUGGAGAUCCACUGGCCCUCCCUUUGCGGGUGCUAGCUUCAGCACAUGAGAAAGCUUAUGAAAUCUACCAUGAAAAAUACUCAGCAGAAGAUGGGAAAGUGUCCAUUUCAGUAGAUGUUAGUGAUGCUGGGCUGGUGCCACCAAGAUCUUUCUUGACUUCAAUUCUGGACUCUCUAGACUUUCUCUCUCUCAACCUUCAGUACAAAUGUGAAAGGGAAUCAGGUUUCCAAAAGUUCCUGGAUGAGCUACAGCAUAUGGGGAUGAACAAUAUGGGUAUUUUGCUCUUUAGUCUCAAGUUCCACGAGUGUUCCUCCUUGCAAGAAAACAGAUUUGCAACAGUGGCUUCCAUUUUCAGUGCCAUUUCUGAAGUUCAAGCAUGGGCAAUAGGGUAUGAUGUGAAUUGUGUCAUGAACAGCCCCUCCAUUCAAGCAAUUUGGUACAAAAUGUUUAUUUUUAAUAUUAAAUUAUUCUUUCUUUUUAGCUUGUACACAGGAAAUCUGGCCAGCCAACCAAAGGCAAAGGAAACACUGAUACCUGCUAUUGCUCCACUUUCAUCCUAUCAAGCAGUUUGGGAAAGAUUUGCCAGCCAACCUGAGCUGGAGAGAGACUCCUUUUUGCUUGACCUUUUCCCUAGCGGUUUUCUCUGGGGCACAUCAACAGGUUCCUUCAAUGUGGAAGGAGCCUGGAGAGAGGGUGGGAAAGGGGAGAGCAUUUGGGAUCAAUACGGGCACCAGGGCCAUGCCCACAUGAAUCAAACAGCCGACGUUGCAUGCGAUAGCUACCACAAGCUAGAUUAUGACGUUUAUCUCCUUAGAGGCCUUCGCCCAAAUAUCUAUAAAUUUUCUAUAUCCUGGCCUAGGGUUUUUGCCGAUGGGAGUAAGAGCAGCUUGAACCCUCAAGGAGUAGAUUACUACAACAAACUGAUAGACAGCUUGCUGUAUUCAAAUAUUGAGCCCAUGGUGACCUUGUUCCACUGGGACCUGCCACGAGCUCUGCAGGAUCUUGGUGGCUGGCAAAACGAGAGCAUCAUCACUGCCUUUGCAGAAUAUGCAGAGUUCUGCUUUGCCACUUUCGGGGAUCGUGUUAAAUUCUGGAUUACCUUCCACGAACCCUGGGUCAUUAGCUACGCUGGCUAUGGCACUGGGCAGCAUCCUCCAGGAUUUAUUGAUCCAGCCGUGGCAUCCUAUCAGGUGGCUCACGUUAUUCUCAAAGCUCAUUCUCAAGCCUGGCACAUUUAUGAUGCUCAGUACCGUCCCGAACAGCAUGGGAAGGUGGGAAUAGUAUUGAAUUCAGACUGGGCUGAACCCAAAACCCCAAGGAGUGCCGAGGAUGUGAGAGCGGCAGAACGCUACUUGCAGUUCAUGUUGGGCUGGUUUGCUCACCCGAUAUUCGUCAACGGCGAUUACCCAGAAGUCCUGAAAUCCCAGAUCCGGGAGAAGAACCAGCAGUGCUCAACUCCCAUCGCCAAGCUCCCCGCGUUCACCGAUGAGGAGAAGCAGCAAUUGAAGGGGACGGCUGACUUCUUUGGCCUUUCCCACUACACUUCCAGGCUCAUCAGUGCCCCAGUGAAUCAUAGCUGUGCUCCAACCUAUGAGGAUAUCGGAGACUUUUCCCAACACGUGGAUCCUUCUUGGCCGCAGACAGCCGCACCUUGGAUCUACACCGUGCCUUGGGGGCUGAGGAGACUGCUUCUGUUUGUGUCCAAAGAAUAUACUGGGACACGGGUUCCGAUUUAUAUAGCAGACAAUGGCGCACCGACAGAUGACGGAGGCGAUCUUGUUAACGACACCAUGAGAGUGGAUUACUACCGGCUUUAUAUCAACGAAGCUUUGAAAGCUAUAAAGCAAGAUGAAGUUGAUGUUCAAGCAUACAUUGCCCGAUCAUUGAUUGAUGGCUUUGAAGGCCCAGCAGGCUACAGUCAAAGGUUCGGCCUACACCAAGUGAAUUUUGAAGAUGCAAACAGACAAAGGACACCCAAAGAAUCUGCCUAUUUCUUCUCCACCAUUAUUGAAAAUAAUGGAUUUCCUAGCACGGUCUCAAGAAAAUUUAUCCAGCCACUCAAAAAGGAUGUUUCCAUACCUCCACGGCUGCCUAGUUUACCAGCUUCUGAAGUUCCUUCAAAGGCAAAGGUGGUUUGGGAGAAUUUUUCAAAACAGACUGAUUUGGAAAGAGACACAUAUUUUUAUGGCACUUUCCCAGAAGAUUUUCUGUGGGGUGUUUCUACUGCUGCCUACCAAACUGAAGGAGCUUGGGAUGCAGAUGGGAAGGGACCUAGCAUCUGGGAUAAUUUUACCCACAUCCCAGGGAAUGUAAAGAACAAUGAUACAGGAGAUAUAGCUUGCAACAGCUACAAUAAAGUAGAUGAAGAUCUGUAUUUGCUGAGAGCCUUAGGGGUAAACACCUAUCGCUUCUCCCUGUCGUGGCCUCGAAUCUUUCCAAAUGGAAGAAACCAUUCUAUAAAUAAUUAUGGUGUUGAUUAUUACAACCGGCUGAUUGAUGGUUUGCUCGCCCAGAAUAUCACACCAAUGGUCACUCUCCACCACUGGGAUCUGCCCCAAGCUCUACAAGACAUUGGUGGCUGGGAAAACCCUGCAAUGGUUGAACUGUUUGAUAGUUUUGCAGACUUUUGUUUUCAGGCAUUUGGAGACAGGGUCAAGUUCUGGAUUACUUUCAACGAACCUAUUGCCAUCUCUGUGCAAGGCUACGAAAUGGGAUUAUUCCCACCAAAUGUAAAAGAUAAUCCAGGCAAUGCGUCCUACAGUGUUACUCAUGCAAUACUAAAGGCCCAUGCAAGAGUUUACCACACAUAUGACCAGAAAUACAGAGAGAGUCAGAAAGGUGUGAUCUCUCUGAGUCUCAACAUGGAUUGGGUUGAGCCAAAGAGACUAAACGAUCCUCGGGAUGUAGAAGCUGCUGAUCGUUACCUGCAGUUCAUGGGAGGGUGGUUUGCACACCCAAUUUUCAAAAAUGGCGAUUACCCAGAUGCAAUGAAGUGGAAAGUAGGGAACAGGAGUGAACUACAGAAACUACCAUCUUCCCGGCUUCCAGGUUUCACACAAGAAGAGAAAGACUAUAUCAGGGGCACAGCCGAUGUCUUCUGCCUGAAUUAUUACACUGCCGGAAUUAUAAAGCACAGCACCACCAGGCUGAAACCAUAUUCUUACGAGUAUGAUCAAGAACGAGUAUUGGAGAUUGACCCUUCUUGGCCUAGCUCAGCAAUGGAAAAUAUGCGGGCAGUGCCCUGGGGGCUGCGGAGGCUGCUAAACUGGAUCAAAGAGGAAUAUAGCAAUCCUCCCAUUUACAUUACUGAGAAUGGGGUUGGGCUAAAAGCCAAGUCUGAUGUUGAUGACACCAGCAGGAUCUUCUAUUACAAAACACACAUUGAUGAAGUUUUGAAAGCCUACAAGCUGGAUGGCGUGAACGUUCGUGGCUACGUUGCUUGGUCUUUCAUGGAUAAUUUUGAAUGGUUAAAUGGUUACGAGCCAAGAUUUGGCCUUCACCAGGUUGAUUUUGAAAAUCCGAACAGGCCAAGAACUCCAAAACGUUCAGCGAUAUAUUAUGCUGGAAUCAUACGUCAGAAUGGAAUCCCUCUGCCAAAAGAGGAAGAAUUUCUUUAUGGAGAAUUUCCGGAAAACUUCUAUUGGAGUGUGGCAUCAGCAGCAUAUCAGAUCGAAGGGGCAUGGAGAGCGGAUGGGAAAGGUCUCAGCAUUUGGGACCAGUUUGCACAUACGCCUUUGAAAAUCAGCAACGAUGAAAAUGGAGAUGUAGCUUGCGACAGCUACCACAAGAUGGAGGCAGACUUGGCUAUUCUGAAGGACCUCCAGGUGACUCAUUAUCGCUUUUCCAUCUCCUGGACUCGCAUUCUACCCGAUGGGACCACCAAGUACAUAAAUGAAGCUGGCCUGAAAUACUAUGAAAGGCUUGUGGAUGCUCUCCUUGCAGCCAAUAUCCAGCCUCAGGUAACUAUGUACCACUGGGACCUCCCUCAGGCCCUUCAAGAUGUUGGAGGGUGGGAAAAUGAGACUAUAAUCCAGAAAUUUAAAGAUUACGCAGAGAUCCUUUUUCAAAGAUUUGGAGAGAAGGUGAAAUUCUGGAUAACCUUGAAUGAGCCCUAUGCCAUUGCUAACAUCGGUUACGGUUAUGGAGUCUCAGCUCCAGGCAUCUCUGCCAGACCAGGCCGAGCCCCUUACAUAGUGGGCCACAACUUGAUCAAGGCCCAUGCAGAGGUUUGGCAUCUUUACAAUGAAACAUACCGCCCAAAGCAAGGAGGAUUGAUCUCUCUUUCCAUCAGCGUAGAGUGGGCUGAACCCAAGAACCCUGCCAAGCAGGAGGACCUUGACGCUGCCAGGAGAUAUGUCCAGUUCUUUGCUGGUUGGUUUGCUCACCCUAUCUUCAGAAACGGUGACUAUAGCGAGGUGAUGAAAAGGAGGAUACAAGACAGAAGUGCUGGCCAAUCACGACUCCCUGAAUUUACUGAAAGUGAAAAGCAGAGGAUUAAAGGCACCUUUGACUUCUUUGGUUUGAACCACUAUACAACAGUAUUGGCAUCCAACUUAAACUAUUCUUCUCUCUUUACAUCCUAUGAUGCUGAUAGGGGUGUUGCCUCUAUAACAGACCGCAGCUGGCUGGGCUCUGGUUCCUUUUGGUUGAAGGUGACCCCUUUUGGCUUCAGAAGGCUCCUGAAGUGGAUCAAGGAAGAAUACAAUGACCCACCUAUUUAUGUGACCGAGAAUGGGAUUUCAGAGCGUAUAGAUGGGGGCUUCAAUGAUACUUGGAGAAUACACUACUUAAGGAGUUACAUCAAUGAAGCUUUAAAAGGAAUUGUACUUGAUGGUGUUGAUCUGCGAGGCUACACUGUAUGGAGCCUGAUGGAUAAUUUUGAAUGGGCAGUGGGCUUUGCUGAAAGAUUUGGGUUGUAUUACACCAACUUUACAGACCCAAAUCUAUCCAGAAUUCCAAAGGAGUCUUCAAAAUAUUAUUCAUCUAUCAUCCGGUGUAAUGGUUUUCCAGAUCCAGCCACUGGGCCUCAUUUGUGCCUUGAGUCACAAUCUGGAGGUACUACUAUGGCGCCAAUGAGCAGCACUGCUUGGCCUAUCGACAAUUCAGCCAUGAAGGUGCAGUUUUUGGGACUGGACUUGACUUUGUCUAAUGCAGAAGUAGGCCUUUAUGUGCUCUUUUCCCUAUUCUUAAUGUCUGUGCUAGGCCUUGCUCUUUUUUCAUAUCUAUAUAGAAAAAGGACCAAAAAAGCCAGCCAAAAAAGGUUUUAAAUACUGCACCUUGCAUU